UCGGAUGAAAAUUUCAAAUUUUGAUUUUUUGAGUCAUUCGGUUUGACUUUAGCCAUCAUCAAAUGAAAUUUUAAAUUUCGAGUUUUCUGAAUCGAUUCGGUUCGAUUUGAGCAUCAUUGAAUUAAAAUUUCAAAUUUCAAUUUUUUGAAUCGAUUCGGUUCGAUUUUAGCCAUCAUCGAAUUAAGAUUUCAAAUUUUAUUUUUUUUGAAUUGAUUUGGAUUUGUGACACACCCAACCAUAUCCAAAUCGAAAAAUCAUAGUUUCUAAAAUUAAAUUCGUAAAUCAAUUCUAAUCGUAUAAUUCAAAUUGCUUCGAAUCAGUUUGAAUAUUCGAGUUGAUUCGAUUUAUGGACAACCCUAUUUGUGACUAUGUCGGCAGUUUUUGUUUUCAGGUGUUAGAAGUGGAUGCACCCAUUGAUGGGUUGAUUAGUAACUUGUUUCAUUCAUGAACUAAGUUACAACUCCAUUAAAUAAUUCCCUAUAGUAAAAGAGGUAGAGUUUUGCGGUUCAUGAACAUGGUAAUUCCCUAGUUAAUGGAAGAAGAGUAAUGAAACUCUUCAAUAAAGGUGGGAGUUAAAGGCUACUUGGUUGUACUAUAGCAAGGAUGCUUUUGAGGUCAUUCUAAACACCACAAAAACAUUGAGAGAGUUUCCUUAGACAAAAUAGUUGCCGUGGAUAAUAUACAAGAUUAUGAUCUUGUAAGAAACCGCUAAGGCAAUUGAUGGUGAUAACACACAUUGAUCUUAGAGAAGAAGGAUCACUCUUAUUGGAAGGAGUAGAUGUCACUGGGUACCCCAUCUUCAAUGAUGAUAAGGCAGGUGCAGAAGGCUAUUGCAUUUGCACGAAAAGCUCACCAUGGGCAGCUGCGAAGAACUGGAGAGCCGUAUUUAACACAUUGUAUUCACACUGGAAAAAUUGUAGCUGUCUUGGUUCCAUCAACUGGGAAAAGGGCCAUUGAUACGGUUGUUGCUGGAAUUCUCCAUGAUGUGGUUGAUGAUACGGGUGAAAGUUUGGACACUAUAGAGAGAGAGUUUGACACUGAUGUUGCAAACUUGGUAGCAGGUGUUUCUAGGUUAAGUUUCAUAAAUCAGCUGUUAAGGAGGCAUCGCAGGUUAAAUGUGAAUCAAGCUGCACUUAGCCAUGAUGAGGCAAAUAACUUACGAGUGAUGCUACUGGGCAUGGUUGAUGAUCCACGUGUGGUGCUUAUCAAACUAGCAGACCGUCUUCACAACAUGAGAACCAUAUAUGCAUUACCUCCAGCCAAGGCUCAAGCUGUUGCUCAGGAGACACUGGCUAUUUGGUGUUCACUUGCUUCGAGAUUGGGGCUUUGGGCAUUAAAGGCUGAACUUGAAGAUCUAUGUUUUGCAGUGCUUCAGCCUCAAAUAUUUCUUCGCAUGCGAGCUGACCUAGCAUCCAUGUGGAGCCAUCCAAACAGGACAGGCAAUGCAAAAAAAAUUUAUGGCAAAUCCAGCUCCCGUUUGCACCAGAGAAUGAAAAGUGUGACUGCUGAGAAUGAAGAACCCUCAGAAACUGACGAGGAAAACAUAUGCAUGAAGGUUCUUUUGCAAGCUGUACUUCCUUUUGAUCUUUUACAAGAUAGAAAGAAGCGUAUUGACUUUUUCAACAAGCUUGUGGCAAAUUCAAAUUUGGAGACAACACCAAAGGUCGUUAGAGAUGCUGCCUUUGCCCUGGGAACUCUGGUAGUUUGCGAGGAGGCUUUGGAGCGUGAAUUAUUCAUUUCUACCUCAUAUGUGCCUGGGAUGGAGGUCACAUUAUCUGGACGCUUAAAAAGCUUGUUUAGUAUUUACAGUAAGAUGAAAAGGAAAGAAAUUGGCAUAAACAAAGUGUAUGAUGCCCGUGCAUUGAGGGUUAUUGUCGGAGAUAAGAAUGGGGCAUUACACAGCCAGGCAGUUCAGUGUUGCUAUAAUCUUCUCAACAUAGUGCACAGGCUCUGGUCCCCUAUUGAUGGAGAGUUUGAUGACUACAUUGUUAACCCAAAACCAAGUGGCUACCAGUCCCUACACACUGCAGUACAAGGUCCCGACAACUCACCUCUGGAAAUUCAAAUAAGAACCCAGAGGAUGCAUGAGUGUGCUGAGCAUGGACUUGCUGCACAUUGGCUUUAUAAAGAAACUGAAGAUAAGCUGCCCUUGGUGACCAGUGUAACUGGUUCUGGAACAACUACACCCUCGUUCUUCUCAACAGAUAUUGAAGAUCAAGGUUCUAUUGAAGAUGAUGGGUCACAUAAGUAUAGCUCGUUAAAAGUGGGAGAUCCUGUCCUAAGAGUGGAAGCAGGUCACCUGCUUGCUGCAGUUAUUGUGAGAGUGGACAAGGGUGCAAGAGAAUUGCUUGUUGCUGUAAGCUUUGGGCUAGCAGCUUCUGAGGCAGUAGCUGACAGAAGAUUUUCUUCCCAAACGAAAAGAUGGGAAGCUUAUGCAAGAUUAUAUAAGAAGGUAUCUGAUGAAUGGUGGUGCGAACCAGGACAUGGGGAUUGGUGCAAUUGCCUGGAAAAGUAUACACUUUGUCAAGAUGGUAUGUACCACAAGCAAGACCAGUUUGAGCGCCUGUUGCCCACUUUCAUCCAAAUCAUUGAAUUGACGGAGGAGGAAGAAAACAUUUACUGGGCUAUCAUGUCUGCUGUCUUUGAGGGGAAACCUGUUGCAUCUGUUACAUCUAACCCAAGUUUUGAGAAUAAGCUGGGCUAUAACUCUUCUAAUUCGACAUUAAGGGACUCUGGCAUCAACAGUAAGGUAUAUUUGCUUAGGACAAUGCUUCAAUGGGAGAAGCAGCUGCGCUCUGAAGCAAGUUUCCAACGAGGGGAGUAUGCUCCAAAACCCUACGAAGCUAGCUCCGGUUUGCUAGGCGAGGUGGUCAUUGUAUGCUGGCCUAAUGGUGAGAUAAUGCGCCUGAGCACUGGCAGCACCGCAGCUGAUGCUGCUAGGAGAGCAGGUUUGGAGGGGAAGUUGGUUUCAGUAAAUGGACAGCUGGUAGUUCCCAAUACAAAGUUAAAAGAUGGUGAUGUGGUUGAGAUCAGAACGUAGAUAUGCUUCGCUAUGCAGUCCACGCACUGUCUGUACAGCUUGUAUAUUCAUUGCAAUUCUGGGAAGGUGCUCACAACAUAUUCAAGUACCAUGUCCUGGAUCAGAGUAAUUCAGUGACCAGCUGCUAAGCAAAGUCCAUUUGUUGUUCAUAUUUAGGCCAAAUUGUACAUAUUGUCAACUUUCAGGCACAGAUGUAAACGACUCUCGUCACAGGGAGGCCGUUUUUAACGAGUAAUGCUCUUGUUACUAGAGAA